GGUCCUGGUCCCGCGCGUCUCGUCGCCGCGCGCAGAGGAAAAUGAGGUGGUAACGGGCCCCCGGAUGACCCCUCGUCACCACUUUGAGGUCUACAGUUCUGCCGGGGAGGAGGAGGAGGAGGAAGAAGAGGAGGAGAAGGUAGCUACAUCAAGCUGGGUGGCAGGCAGAUCCAUAGGAUAUCAUGAAGUUUCCAGGGCCUUUGGAAAACCAGAGAUUGUCUUUCCUGUUGGAAAAGGCAAUCUCUAGGGAAGCCCAGAUGUGGAAAGUGAAUGUGCCGAAAAUACCUACAAAUCAGAACGUUUCUCCAUCCCAGAGAGAUGAAGUGAUUCAGUGGUUGGCCAAACUCAAGUACCAAUUCAACCUUUACCCAGAAACAUUUGCUCUGGCUAGCAGUCUUUUGGACAGGUUCUUAGCUACUGUAAAGGCCCACCCAAAAUACCUGAGUUGUAUUGCAAUCAGCUGUUUUUUCCUGGCUGCCAAGACUGUUGAGGAAGACGAGAGAAUCCCAGUACUGAAGGUGUUGGCAAGAGACAGUUUCUGUGGCUGUUCUUCAUCUGAAAUUCUGCGGAUGGAGAGAAUUAUUCUGGAUAAGUUGAAUUGGGAUCUUCACACUGCCACACCAUUGGAUUUUCUUCACAUUUUCCAUGCCAUUGCAGUGUCAACUAGGCCUCAGUUACUUUUUAGUUUGCCCAGUCUGAGCCCAUCUCAACAUUUGGCAUUCCUUACCAAGCAGUUACUUCACUGUAUGGCCUGCAGCCAACUUCUGCAGUUCAAAGGAUCCAUGCUUGCCCUGGCGAUGGUUAGUCUGGAAAUGGAGAAACUCAUUCCUGAUUGGCUUCCUCUUACAAUUGAGCUGCUUCAGAAAGCACAGAUGGAUAGCUCCCAGCUGAUCCACUGUCGGGAGCUUGUGGCACAUCACCUUUCUACUCUGCAGUCUUCCCUGCCUCUAAAUUCCGUUUAUGUCUACCGUCCCCUCAAGCACACCCUGGUGACCUGUGACAGAGGAGUGUUCAGAUUACACCCCUCCUCUGUCCCAGGCCCAGACUUCUCCAAGGACAACAGCAAACCAGAAGUGCCAGUCAGAGGUCCAGCAGCCUUCUGCCACCAUCUCCCAGCUGCCAAUGGGUGCAAGUAUGCCUCUGCUAAACGCAAAGUGGAGGAAAUGGAAGUGGAUGACUUCUACGAUGGGAUCAAACGGCUCUAUAAUGAAGAGAACGCCUCAGAAAGUGUGGGUUCUGUGUGUGGCACUGAUCUAUCACGGCAAGAGGGACAGGCUUCUCCUUGUCCGCCUCUGCAGCCUGUUUCUGUCAUGUAGCAGCAAGGGUUAGCUUCAAGUGCAAACUAAGGUAGACGACUCUGGGGAGGGGAGCAUGGAAAACCAGGAUAAGGCUAUGUAAGGUAUAUAUCUUUUCAGGCUGAUUUGAAACGAGCCAGAGAAAAAAACCCAGUUGAUUUGUAUGACUAAUUAUAAUUCAACAAUAUUUAAGCACUUAAAGACCAAAAAAAAGUCUAAAAUUGAGAUCAAAAAAAUUUUAAGUAAAAAAUUCCUUUGUGGUAUUUGUCAGUUCUCCCCUUUUCUCUGCUAAACUGUAAUGUGUAGGUUGCUUUGUGUCAGAAACUCACGUUCAGUGUUGUUUUUUUAAUUCCAAAAUUCCUAGCUAGCAAACCUUGUCCCAGAAUCCUGAUUUAAUUUUCCUCUAGCUUUUUGCUUGCUUCUUUGAAUACUAAAUGAAUUUUAUGCAUGUUGAUCUAUAGCCUGACUUCCGCUGAUGAGGAAACCCUCAAAAUUUAUUUUUAGCAAUUUAGUGAACAAAUUAUUUCAGUGUGACAGCCAUGUUUAAUCCAUGAUUCAAAUUUAAAUUAAUCUGGAAAAGGUACUUCAAAAUUGCCCCAUAUGAAUCAGGUGGUAAAAAGGACUCCUGUUACCAUUGUUGAUUUUUGUCUCCUUUCAGUUUCUAGAGUUUGGAAAUAAAAUUAUUUUCAGUUUUUGUUUAUCUUUGAAGCUUAAAGUGGCACGUGAUUAAGACACUCUUAGGUUUGUUGAAAGCAUUUUUGACAUUUGUGUAAAAAUUUGUGGUAAAGACUAUAUCCAGGUGCUCACCAAAGCAGCAUGUUAACAACUAAAGUUAGGUUUUUUAAACUGCUCAGUUCACUCAUUUAUAAUCAGCAGGAGAGACUCUAGAUGUUGGGGCAGCUCUGUGAUUGGGAUCUGUAACAUGUAUUAACUGAAUUCAGUGCCCUAGUUUUAUGUUAAGCCAUUAUUAGGAUUUUUCUUGAUCAGUUAACCCCCUGCCUCCCCAGCCUACCUGUAUUUCUCUUAAUGACUUCUGGAUUCUGAGCUCCCUGUGCAGUCUAAAGAAGGUAUUGCAGUCAGAACCAUGUACUGAUGAUAAAAGCCACUGGUAGCAAUAAACGUUGUCCUUAACCUUUU